AGUUGUUUGAAAAGAUACGUCACUUCGGAAACAGAUCUACCUUUUCUGCACGCGUCCACACAUAAACUUUGGUAGAACACGCGACCAUGGCAUCACAGGACGAAACGGCGGUAAAAUCAAGUACAGCCGUAGCCGAAAUCGCGACACCAGAAAUCUUUCCGCCAGAUGAAGAGAAAAAGCUGCUGGACGAGUCGAACACGGAGAAAGCUUCCGCGAACAAAACAUUCACAUCCGGCGAAUACAACGGCGCGAUACAAGGCUAUGAAAAGGCGCUAGCAGUAUGCCCUUCUUACCUUGAAUACGAUAUUGCCGUCCUCCGUUCCAACAUUGCAGCUUGCCACCUAAAGUUAGAAGAGUGGAAGCAAGCCGUAGAAUCUGCGACCCAAGCUCUGGAAGCGUUGGACCGGAUAGAUCCUCCACCACAGAAAAAUGAAGGCAAAGAAGUAACAGGCGGUGGCGCAAUUGCUGAAAUAGACGAUACAACCGAACUCUACCUCGACGCCCUCACCCGAACCAACCAUACGAUAAACGACGUCCACAAACUCCGCACGAAAGCACUCCUACGUCGCGCAAAAGCACGCCAUGAAGUUGGUGGCUGGGCGUCUCUACAAGGAUCACUGGAAGACUACCAAGCCCUUUCCAAGACGCCUCACCAGCUCUCGAGCCUGGACCAGAAAGCUGUACAGGCAGCGUUGAGGAAGUUGCCGGGGCAGUUGGAAGAGGCGAAGAAUACGGAGAUGGCGGAUAUGAUGGGCAAGUUGAAACAGCUCGGUAAUGGCAUACUGAAGCCGUUUGGAUUGAGCACGGAUAAUUUCCAGUUCACGAAAGAUGAGAAGAGUGGGGGAUAUAGUAUGAACUUCAACCAGGGUGGGAAGUAGACGAUAUCCAAGACACAAUGUUACGCUUUGGUAGCCGCUGAAGCUCAGUCAUGCCCAAGGUCUCCCUCAUUGCAUAUGAGGCCCAAUACAAUCUAUGGGAGUACCGGAACCACUUGGAGAACGGACUACAACCACGAACUGUGCUGAUUCCCUGGCAUUUUACGUCAUUAGAUUGUCUGUCUAUCCGAUUCAAUGAAGAGACUACUGACCAUUCGAGUCCCUUACAACGCGGUACGCCCUACCCUGUUGAGGAUCCCACCAAUCUUUACUCCAAAGUUGGGCUAAGGUCAAAACAUCAGUAGAAGACU